AUGGGAGGGUUCAGAAUUCCCAAGCGCAAGCCAUCCACCAAUGAAGGUUCUUCUCAGUCCAAUCCUUCCUCAAGCCAUUCUCUACCAGAAACAUCAGAGAGUGUAAGACCCUCCUACGAUGAAAGACAUCCUCGAUACGAUCGUCCAUCUUCCUCUCCGUUCCAUCAACAACAACCACAAGGAUCAUCCUCGUUUCGAGCUCAUCAUCAACAAUAUCAUCCAAAUGUGAGAUCGAGAGAAGAUGAUCGUCGUGUACAAUGUGAUUCUUCCUAUCCAUCCUCUUCUCGACCUGAUCCGAGAGGAUACACAUCUCUCACUCCUAUGGAUAUGACAAUGAUUUCUCUUCAAAUCGAUCAUCUGCAUCCGCUUCUCAAGCUUCUUCUUCUGCUAGCGGUAGUUCUGGAUAUCGUCAUGACAAUCGACAGUAUUAUCAACAAGCACAUGGUCAACCAAGGUAUGAGGAUUCUCGAAGAUCGUACUCAGAAGGAUCCUCUACAACAAUCAGAAAUCAAGUGCCUCUUCUUCCUCUUCUCAACAGUGAAACAAAAUGAACGUAAAAUUUUGACAUCUAAUUUUUAUGGAAUUCAACAACAGCUUGCAAAGAAUAAUUCUUCCUCGUCGAAUGGUUCUCUGAUCAUGUAUCAAUUGUAUGUGAAAAACAAAUCAUUGCAAGAACGUGAAGGUAUUCAAAAUGUCAAUGAUUGUUUGGAAAGAAAUCCAUAUCGACUGAACACUCUGUUUCGACAAAUGGUGAAAGGAAAGACACAAAAAGGAUCUCUAUUGCCAUUCCUUUCCGGAACAACCAUUGUUUCUAAUAUUCCUUUAUUGGAACAAGAUGUUUCCAUGAAGAGUGAAUUAUUGAGAAUUCGAAAAAAGAAUCGACAAACUUUGGAAUUCUAUGAAGAUGAAUAUGAAGUGACCAUGACCAAGAUUGAUUCCUCUCAGAACAUGACUGCACUCUCACAAAUCUUAUCUCUUUUGGUUAAAUUUGCAGCUCAGUUCAAAAUGGGAAUGAUUCCAUUUGGUCCAACAUUGUGUUUUAACACUCCUGAACGUCGAUCCGAUGUCAGAGAUUAUGAUAUUUACAAAGGAUUUAAUUUUGCAAUGAAUGCUUUGAAGGGUGUUAACAAUCGAGCAGCAGGUAUUUACUUGUCCUUGUCGUUUAAACAAAAAGUGGUUGCAAGAGAAAAUUUAUGGGAAUGCAUUUUGGACAUGAAACGGACUGGUAAACAUGUCGAGGUCAUACUUUCAGAAUUAAUUGGAAGAAGUGUUCAAUAUAAGGGAAAGACUUAUGUGAUCAGAGAUAUUGAUUUUCAAAAGAAUCCGAAUUCCACCUUUCCAAAACGAGACAAGAAUUCCAAAGUUCCAGGUGCAACGGUGGACAUUUCCUUUUUGGAUCAUGUAGUAGAACGUUAUCAAUUUGCCAAUCAAAAGAAAGAAGUCAAUUAUUUAAUUCCUCAAUUAUGUUUCUUAACAGGUGCCAAAAAGAGAGAAGACAUUUCCAAGUUUUUAGGACUCUUUGAUCGUAAACAAAAACAACAAACCAUCUCAACGAUUGUGAAUGAGCUUUCCAUUCGCAAAGAAGCAGGUAAAUUUUUGAGAGAUCAAGCAGGUAUUACCAUCGAAGACACACCGUUACAAGUGACAGGUGAACCUCUGGACAUUCCAUUGAAAGAAAAGAGUUAUCAAACAAUUCGAAACCAACCUUUCGAAUACGUGUUCAUGAUACCCAAUAAGGAAGCCUGUAAAACACUUCAAAGUAUUUUUGUUGGAAAUUACAAAGAAUUGAAAUAUGAACGUCUCGAUGACAUUUCAAACUUGGCGAGAAAAAACAGUGACCGCUAUAAGAACCACAAAUGGAUUUCUGUAUUACCUCCCACAAAGGACGCUACUGUCUACAAUUCACUCAAAUCCAUCUUGAUCGAAAAGGGUAUUACCUCUCAAUGUUUGGUAUUGGACCAGAAUAUCCAAAAGAAGAAGAAGGCCAUAGAGAAUCAAGUGUUAUGCAAAUCCAAUGUGGUACCUUGGACAUUGAGAUAUGACUUUGCCUCACUCACUGUGUGUGGUAUUUGUGUGGAAGGAAUGGGAAAAUCUCGUACCGGGGCUGUCAUGAUGAGUAAUAAUAAGGAAUUGACUGGAUUUAGUUCCCAAACGUUCAAAUGUGAAAGAAAUGAGUUGCAGAUGCAUCUCUUUCAGUCUCUUCGAGAUGUUAUGGAUUUGAGAAAGGACCCAAUUGAACACAUGAUCAUGUAUGUCAUGGGUGUUCAAAAUAUAUCAGAGACAACUCUUGAAGAAUGGAAGCAACUCUUUCCGCAGCUUUGUGUCAUUUUGGUGAAUAAGGAUACUCCAGCGAGAUUUUCAACACACGGAAAACUACCUUCAUCGCUGCUUGUAGACGAACUUCAGAGAGAAAAUUUUGUGUAUGAAUUUUAUUUGACCACCGUGUCGGAAAAACCUGUCAAUUACAUGAUACUUUACAAUUCCAUUGGGUAUGACAACAAAUCACUUGCGACCAUUACCAAUAAUCAGACCUUCUUGUACUUCAACUUUGAGAACCAAAUUCGAUUGCCUGCUUGUUUGAUGUAUGCAAAGAAAGCUGCAGAAAUGAGAAGCAAAACAAGUACUCAGGAGAGUGAAAAAUUACAAAACACUUUUUAUUUCUUGUAA